AUGCCAUCGCCGCCCGCGCACGCGCAAGGCGCGCCGGCGUGGCUCGCUGACGCGGUGCAGGCAACGAGCGAUGCAUCUGCAUGCUGCGUGCGCUUGCGCGAGGCGUGGUCGCACGACGCCGUCGAGGCGCGCGCGGCUAUCUUUGCCCUGCUGCGCGCGCAGAUCCAAGCGCCGAGCGUGGCCGCCGCGCACAUUGCGCAGGCCCUGCAUACCGGCGAGCCCGCGUGUGCAGACGCCAUCGCCGAUACUCUGUGGGCCCUCGACUGGGAGUACGAGGCGCGCGCCGAGUCGUCCGGCGCCCUGCCCCUCGACACGGCGCGCGCGCGCCUCGCCGAGCUCGUGUGCGCGGGCCUCGCUCUGGGCCUGUGGACGCGCGAGCAAGUGAGCCUGCGCCUGGACGCGCCGCUGCUGGGUGCAGCGCACGUCGUGGACCCCGCCGUGUUCCAUCGGCGCGGCAUCCAGAUCCGCACGGCCAGCUUCUUCAAGCAGACCAAGUACAACCUCCUGCGCGAGGAGAGCGAGGGCUAUGCGUCUGUGCUGGUCGCGCUCCUCACACACAGCGCGCCGCCCCUUGAGGUGGACGCACACGGCGCCGUGCAAGCGAGCGCCACAGACGCAGAGCUCGACGCGCACGCCGACGCCCUCCUGCAGCGUCUGUGGGCCCUGAUCGGGUACUUUGCCCUGGAUGCGAGCCGCGUACUCGACCUGCUGCUCGCCGUGUUCACGAAGCAUGUGGCGCACCAGCACCCCUUCUACGUGCGCGUUCUCGCGCGCGGUCGGUGGGGUGCGCCGCGCCUCGCGCAGGUGCUGGGCCAGCAGCUCGCGUACUAUGCGCAGCCGGACACCCGCGACGAUGCACCGGAAGAGCUGUUCCUCGUGCUUGCCCUGCUCGUGCGCGCCGGCCUCGUUGCGUGGCCCGAGAUGUACCCUUAUCUGGCGCCAGACGAUACCAUGGCGCGCCUGCAGAGCGCGUACGAAGAGGCCCUCGCUGCGCAAGGCGCGGCGGGCGCAAAUGCACUCACGAUGGCCGCGCCGCUCGUCGACGAUGACGCGCCGGCCGAGGCACAGGCUGCGCCCGCCGCGCCCGCCGCGCCCGCCGCGCGGGCAGCGGCGCCGUGUGCGCACGCGCCGAUGGCCGUACGUGCGAUGCUUGCGUGCGGCCUGCUUGAGCCGGUGCAGCCGUUCCUCGCGCAGCACCCGUGGGUGCUGGGCGCGUUCCCGAGCGUGACGCGUGCAUACCUGCGCCUCGUGUGGCACCGUCUCGCGCCGGCGCUCGAGCGCAUCGCGCUGCCGACGCCGCGUGUGCCGUCCGUGCACCGCGUGCCUGUGCUCACUGUGUAUGCGCCCGAGCCGCGGCCGAGCGCAACGCACACGUUUGUGUUUUGCGUUGGCGACUGGGCCGCGCAUCUGACGCCCGAGACGGACGCCGCGGCGGUGCUGCCGAUGCUCGCGCCGGUGGGCGUGCAUAUCGCGCAGGACGCGCGCCUCCUGCAGGUGCUGUGCCGCUUCGCCGCGCAGGCGAUGGACCGCGCACCGUGGAUGCAGCUGCUGCGCACGCAGGUCCUGCCCGCCGUCGCGCUUGCGGAGGCGGGCGCGCCGCUCCUGUACGAGCUGUGGGCGUGUGUGCAGACGCUGAGUUACCCCGAGCGGUAUGCACUGUACGGCGAGUGGAAGCACCGCGCGUUUCAGCGGCGCGAGCUGCGGGCGGCCAAGGCGGCGACGGAGCGCGAGGCGCGUGGAAUCCUGCGGCGCGUGAGUGCGGACAAUGUGCGCGCGAGCGGGCGGAGCCUGGCGAAGGCUGCACACACGAACCCGACUGUGUUUUUCGACGUGGUGCUGCACCAGGUGCAGUCGUACGACAACCUCAUCGAGCCGGUCGUCGAUGCGGCCAAGUACCUGACGCCGCUCGAGUACGAUGUGUGCUCGUACGCGCUGCUCGAGGCGCUCGCGAACCCCGCGCGCGCGCGCAUCAAGUCAGACGGCACACACGCGAGCCUGUGGCUCAAGAGUCUCGCGUCGUUUGCCGGCGCGUUCUUCCGCAAGUAUGCGGUGAUGGACUGCACGCCGGUGCUGCAGUACCUGGUGAACCAGCUGCAGCAGGGGCAUGGGAACGACUUGAUUGUGCUCUCGGAGCUUGUGCUCAAGAUGGCCGGUAUCGAGCCGGUCGGCGAGCUGUCCGACGCGCAGACUGCCGCGCUCAGCGGCGGUCCCCUGCUGCAGGGCGAGGCGAUGCUCACGCUGAUUGCCGCGCCGAGCCCGACGGCCGCGCUCCUGGCGCGCAAUGCGUUCAAGAAGGCGGGCUCGCGCUUACACCGCACGCUCGUGCAGUCGCGUCUCGCGCUCGCCCUCCUCGUGCUCAUGGCGCAGCAUCGGCAGCGGUGCGUGUUUGAGACGGAGGCGCAUAUCAAGUCGCUGAGCAGUGCGUACGACACGGUGCAGUCGUACCUGUUCCAAUAUGCCCACUUUCUUGCGGCGCAAGGGGCGCAGGCGUAUGCAGAGCUUGUGCCGUCGCCUGCCGAGUGGGUCCGGCGCUUCGGCGUGGAUGUCCCCAUGGCCUUCCACCUGGCGCGCCCCAAGCUGGCGUGGGCGAUGCAGGCCGCGGCGGAGCCCAUGCAGGUCGAGCCGUCCGCGGCCGGGGACGCGGCCGAGCCAUGGCACGCCGCGCUGGCCCCGACGAUCGCGAGCAUCGGCGAGGCACUACCGCCCGACGCUCUCUCCGAGGUCGGCGCCGCGUUCUUCACCACGUUUUGGCAGCUCGCGCUCUCGGACAUUACGGUGCCGAUGGAGCGGUACCAGCAAGAGAUGGCGCGCCUGGGGCAGGCGCUGCGCGACGUGGAUGGCGCCGCCGACCUGUCCGAGAGUCUGAAAAAGUCGGCGCGUGUGCGUCUGCAGGAAAAUGUCGCGCAGCUCACCGCGGAGCUCAAGGCGCAGACGCUCUCGCACCAAGCGACGCGCCGGCGCCUGCAGGCCGAGCGGGACCACUGGUUCGCGCCUGACGUGGACCGCGGACGCCUCGCGCAGCAGAUUGUCGCGCAGUGCCUGCAUCCCCGGGCCCGACUGUCCGCGACGGACGCCCUGUUUGCGGCGCGGUUCCUGCGGAUGCUCCACACGCUGCAGACGCCGCACCUGCCGACACUCGCUGUGUACGACGUGGUGCUGUGCCAGCAUGUGGCGCCGACGCUGUUUGCGGCGACAGAGAACGAGGCGCGCAAUUAUGCGCGCUUCCUGCACGGUGUACUGGGCGAUGUCGAUGCGUGGCUCGAGCGGGAGACCUACGAGAAGGACGCGGCCGCGCACAUGCACCUCGGCUGGCAGGGACACCGCGGCCUGCCCGGGCGGCCAACGGAGGAGCCGCUCUCGCACGCGGCCUUCAAGGCCACGGUGCUGCGGUGGCACACCCAGCUGUACGAAGCGUUCCUCGCAUGCUUUGGAAGCGAAUACAUGCGCAUGCGCAAUGCGAUCGUGGUGCUGAACCGCCUCUCGGCGUACUUCCCACGCCUGGACGCGCAUGGCCAGGCGCUGCUACAGGCGGUCGAGCGCGUGUCGCAGAGCGACCCGCGCGGCGACCUCAAGGUG